UAUAUCAAUAUGCUUAUGGCAAUCCUAUCUAAACACUGCAAAAGCUGAAUAUAGAUAAGAUCUCAUUACUCUCAGUAAGGUCCAACUAAGCUGAAAAUAAUGUUGUCUUGAUAAGGUCUUAAUUUCUUGUAAUGAAUUAUAUACAUAUUUACUGAAGUAGAGUUAUUUAUUGGAGCGAAUAUUCCUUAUUUUGUCAAUAAAGAUGAGCUCUUUAUGCAGGAAGUUAUGGGCAUCACAUACAAAUUCAGAGUUUCUAACAUUUGCAUUGCUUUGGAUUCAAACCUACAUGAAAAAUUGUUUUUGCAGCUCCUUCUAAGCCCCUAGUUUUGCAACAGAUUGAAGCAUGCCAUAACAUUGUAGAUAUACCACAG